AUGAUUCGUUUCUCAUCCUCCUUAAAACCGUCACUCUCGAGAAGGCGUUAUCUCUCGAAACCCUUGACUCUCUCAUUUGCUCUUAAGGAAUCAGAUUCUCCUCAACCCGUAGAAACAAGCUCGAAAUCUCUUCUCCAGCAACUCUCCAAGUGUUUCGAACUUCCAUCAGAUUACUUCCAACAGCUACCAAAUGAUCUUCGUCUCGAUUUAAAUGAUGCUGCUUUUGAUCUCUCCAAUGGACCCAUCAUCGAUGAGUGUGGUCAAGAGCUUGGGGAGACCUUACUGAAUCUCUCCCGUGCUUGGGAACAAGCUGAUACAGCAACUUCUCGCAGUUUAGUAAAGAAACUUCCGGAGCUGGACAGUUCAUUAACAGGUGGCAACAAAUCAGCCUUAGGGAGGCGUCUGAUAUCUGCAGGAAGAAGGUUCAAGGGCAUGGGACAGUAUGGUCAAGGUGAAUUACAGAAGAUUGCUAAAGCGAUGAUUACUACUGGAGAGGUCCUAUCUGCAAGUGCAUCACCUGCUUCAAUCAGUAAUGAAUCUAAGUCGGAAACAAGGAUGCUUAAGUUUGGGAAUCUUCAGGUUGCUGUGAGUCCAGAGAAAGCCUAUGCCGGAGCUGCCAUUGCAUUCGUCUUUGGGAUACUUUCAUGGCAAGUCAGUCAGGGGAUUCAAAGCACACCAGAGAGCUCAUUGCAGUAUGCAAAUGACAAUGCAUUGCUACUCGGAAAGUCUCUGAGAGGGUCUCUUCUAGCUAUGUUUUAUGCGUCAACCGUUUUGUCAGGCUUCACAACAGCUGGGCUUCUCCUGCUCGCUAAGCAGCUUUCAUCAGAGAAAGAGUGA